AUGAGGUCUGGGUUGGCCCGCAGGGCUCUUGCCACUCCUGCCGUCAACCAGUGCCAGUGCAUCGGAGGGUUCUACCUGGAUGUGGGCCCUCCUGCUCCUCCUGCCCAUCCGUAUGGCGGCACUGACAGCGUGGACGCCCCAUCCUACAACCCCACCACGGGUCAAGCCUUCUACCGUUACGGCUUGCCCGGCAAGUGCAAAGCCACCAAUGCAAACACCGUUAGAGUGUGUCGAUGCACGUGCGCUGACAACCAGUACGGCAUGUCAGGCAACUGCUCGUCAUGCCCAGCCAACAGUCUGUCGUCCUUUCAAGCUCCGGAUCGCUCGAGCUGCAUGUGCAACUUCGGUUACUUCCUCAAUGCGUCGGAAGGAGGCUGCAGCCCCUGCCCAGGUGGCACGUACGCGAGGAGGAUGGAGUUUGUCGAGCAAGACUUCGGCAAGGACGGGAUCGUGGGAUGGCAGGGGACGGAUCAAACGUCGAGCUGUGGGGCCUAUGGCUCAGUGCUUGGGGGGCUCAACGUGCUGGCCGAGUACUCGAGUGUGACCAAGACGUUCACCGGCUUGUGCCCGCAUGGCUUUGUCUACCUCUGGAUGAGAGUGGUGCUCAUCGACGUGGCUCAGCCCGUGACGCUACGUAUGUACGUGAACCGUCAGCUACGUAUGUACGUGAACCGUCAGCUACGUAUGUACGUGAACCGUCAGCUACGUAUGUACGUGAACCGUCAGGAGGUCUGGAACGAGACGAUCUCGGCUGUCUUUCCCGUGUCGUCGAGGUGCGGGAGCAGCAAUGGGGACGGGCUGAUCUCUGGAUUUAAGCGAUUGUAUCACACGGAAGACUACAUAGAGGUGGGUAUCCGAGUAGACUACGACUACCUGCAAGUGGAUGCUUCCAUCGCUAAGACGUUCUGGGGGCUCAAGGAAGUUUCUCUCAUACUCCAAUGCGCGAGCUCGACUUCAGCUGACUGCAGCAUGACGAAACCGUUGGAACAGUCAUGUUCGGAUGUGACAGGAAGCGGAGGGAGAUGCACGAGGUCAGGCAACUACCUCUUAGUAUGUCCACUACUCCAAUGA